AUGCGCAUCCUCGCGGGUCAAACUGGGUUGGAUGUCCUCCACGAGUAUUUCUCCAUGCUUCAAGCGCCGUGUGAUUUAGUGUGGUCUCCAGACUUUGGGCUGAGCCAAGAUGAUUGCUUGGGUGAUGUGGUUAUGGCAAUGUGUGAUUGCUAUCGGCGACUAGUGAUGCCCUUUGAGAGCUGUCCCUGGCAGUUGUUCAAGAUCGUUGACAUGAGCAGCGAGCAAGGCCUGCCGUAUCUCCAUGGGCUUGGCUUGAGAUCCAGCCAUUGCAGAAAGCGCUGCGAUCCUUCCUUUACAGAAGUUUUGCUCACCUACAUCUUUCAUCAAAACGGUCCUUCUGGAGAUGCCCGUAU